AUAUUUUCUUUCUGUUUAAACUCUUUCUUGAGUUCUUAUAACAGGUGUCAUACAAUAUUUGUCCUUUUGCAGUAGACUAAUUUCACUCAGCAUAAUGCUAUCCAGAUUCCUCCAUGUUAUGAAAUGUUUCACAGAUUCAUCAUUGUUUCUUACCGAUGCAUAGUAUUCCAUUGUGUGAAUAUACCAUAAUUUAUCCAUUCAUCCGAUGAUAGGUUUCCAUCCUUUUGCUGUUGUGCUGUCGUGAACAUGGGUGUGCAUAUGUCUGUUCGUGUAAAGGCUCUUAUUUCUCUAGGAUAUAUUCCGAGGAGUGAGAUUGCUGGAUCGUAUGGUAGUUCUAUUUCUAGCUUUUUAAGGAAGCUCCAGAUUGAUUUCCAAAGUGGUUGUACCAUUUUACAUUCCCACCAGCAGUGUAUAAAUGUUCCGGUCUUUCCACAACCUCUCCAACAUUUAUUAUUUUGUGUUUUUUGGAUUAAUGUCAGCAUUGUUGGAGUGAGAUGGAAUCUCAUUGUAGUUUUGAUUAGCAUUUCUCUAAUGGCUAAUGAAAGUGAGCAUUUCCUCGUGUAUCUGUUAGCUACCUGAAUGUCUUCUUUAGUGAAGUGCCUAUUCAUAGCCUUUGCCCAUUUUUUGAGUUAUUUGUCUUUUUGUAGUUGAGUUUUUGCAGUAUCGUGUAGAUUUUAGAGAUCAGACACUGAUCAGAAUGUCAUAGCUAAGAACUUUUUCCCAGUCUGUAGGUAAUCUUUUUACUCUUUUGGUGAUGUCUUUGAAUGAGCAUGGGUGUUUGAUUUUUAGGAGUUCCCAGUUAUCUAGUUUCUCUUCCGGUGUUUGUGCACUGUUAGCAAUGUUUUGUGUACUGUUUAUGCCAUGUAUUAGGGCUCCUAGUAUUGUCCCUAUUUUUUUUCCAUGAUCUUUAUAGUUCUAGAUUUUAUAUAAUGGAAACCCUGGUGGCGUAGUGGUUAAGUGCUACGGGUGCUACCCAAGAGGUCAGUAGUUCGAAUCUGCCACGCACUCCUUGGAAACUCUAUUGGGCAGUUCUACUCGGUCCUGUAGGGUUGCUAUGUGUCAGAAUCGACUCGACGGCAGUGGGUUUAUUGAGGUCUUUGAUCCAUUUUGAGUUAGUUUUUGUGCAUGGUAUGAUCAACAGAUGUUUCUUCAGUGCCUACUAUAUGACACUCACUGUUUUAGAUUUUGGGAAUUAACAAGUUCUCAAGCCUCAGGGAUGGAGAAACCAGAAAAUAAACUCUUAAGUAAAAAAUUAACAGUUUCAGAUAGCCGUAAAUGCUGCUCAGAAAAUAAAACAGAGAAAUAGAAUAUGGCAGCGGGAUUAUCUAUUUAGGUAGAAUAGUGAGGAAAGAUUUCUCUGAGGAAGUGACAAUUGAGCUGAGACCUGAAUGAUAAGGAAGAGCAGCCAUGGGAAGAUAACAGGGGUAGAGCAUUCCCGGCAGAGGCCAUAGCCUGAACAAGGUGAAUACUGGGGUGAGCAGGAGAAGAGGUCAGAGAGGUAGACGGUGCUGGUUCAGGAGGGCUGUGAAGAUCAUGGUACAGAGAUGGGAUUGUAUUCUAAGUGAAAUAGGAUGGUAUCAGAGCAGGGGAGUGACUGGCUUGAAGAAUAUGUUUAAAAGAUUGCUCUGUUUUAUAGAGAAUGAAUUAUGAGGGGCAAGAGUGGAAUCAGAGGCACCAAUUAGAAAACUGUCGUGGUUGUCCAAAGGAGUGAUAACAGUGAAGGUGAAGCAAAAAAUUUAUUGCCCUAUCUUGGACCCAACAAAAUGAGAGAUUGUUUCUGCACCAUAAAUUUGGACCAGGAAGAAGUUUAUCGUACCCAAGUUGUUGAAAAAUCUUUAAGCCCAUUUUUCAGUGAAGAAUUUUACUUUGAGAUUCCAAGAACGUUCCAGUAUUUGUCUUUCUACGUGUAUGAUAAGAGUGUUUUACAAAGAGACCUUCGUAUAGGAAAAGUAGCCAUCAAAAAAGAAGACUUGUGUAACCAUAGUGGUAAAGAAACUUGGUUUUCAUUACAGCCUGUUGACUCCAAUUCAGAAGUGCAGGGUAAAGUUCACCUUGAAUUAAAACUGAAUGAACUGAUAACAGACAAUGGAACUGUGUGCCAGCAGCUUGUUGUACACAUCAAGGCGUGCCAUGGGUUGCCUCUCAUAAAUGGACAAAGCUGUGACCCUUAUGCAACCGUUUCUCUAGUGGGCCCUUCUAGGAAUGACCAAAAGAAGACAAAAGUAAAGAAGAAAACAAGCAAUCCACAGUUUAAUGAAAUCUUUUAUUUUGAGAACUCUUCUUCAGAGCGCUGUUUGAAAACCAGUAGGGAGGUAACCAGAUCCAGCAGUUACACAAGAAAGUCCCAGUUCCAGGUAGAAGAGGAAGACAUUGAAAAGCUAGAAAUUAGAAUCGACUUAUGGAACAAUGGAAACCUGGUCCAAGAUGUUUUCCUAGGUGAAAUUAAGGUUCCUGUGAACGUGUUAAGAAAUGAUACCUCUCAUCAAGCUUGGUACUUGCUACAACCAAAAGACAAUGGAAAUAAAUCUUCCAAAACUGAUGACCUAGGGUCUCUUCGGUUAAAUAUAUGUUACACAGAAGACUAUGUGCUUCCUUCAGAGUACUAUGGGCCUUUGAAGACUUUGCUGCUAAAAUCGCCAGGUGUCCAGCCCAUAUCUGCCUCAGCUGCUUACAUUUUGAGUGAAAUAUGUCGAGAUAAAAACGAUGCUGUUUUGCCUCUUGUGCGACUGCUGCUGCGCCAUGAUAAACUUGUUCCUUUUGCUACUGCAGUGGCUGAAUUAGACUUGAAGGAUACGCAAGAGGCAAACACAAUUUUUAGAGGCAACUCCUUGGCUACCCGGUGUCUGGAUGAGAUGAUGAAAAUAGUGGGACGGCACUACCUGAAAGUAACUUUAAAACCUAUUCUAGAUGAGAUAUGUGAAUCCUCAAAGUCCUGUGAAAUUGAUCCUAUUAGAUUGAAAGAAGGAGAUAAUGUGGAAAAUAACAAGGAAAAUCUGCGCUACUAUGUAGAUAAGUUGUUCAGUACAAUUGUAAAAUCAAGUAUGAGCUGCCCCACUGUAAUGUGUGAUAUCUUUUCUUCUCUAAGGCAAAUGGCUACUCAAAGAUUUCCUAAUGACCCUCAUGUUCAGUAUUCUGCAGUGAGCAGCUUUGUGUUUCUUCGCUUCUUUGCCGUAGCCGUAGUAUCACCUCAUACUUUUCAUUUGCGACCUCAUCAUCCAGAUGCACAGACAAUUAGGACAUUAACCCUCAUCUCAAAAACCAUUCAAACCUUAGGAAGCUGGGGGAGUCUGUCUAAAAGCAAGUCAAGUUUCAAAGAGACAUUCAUGUGUGAAUUUUUCAAAAUGUUUCAAGAAGAAGGAUAUAUUACAGCCGUGAAAAAGUUCCUGGAUGAAAUUUCAUCUACUGAAACUAAAGAGUCCAGUGGUACAAGUGAGCCUGUGCACCUGAAAGAAGGUGAGAUGUAUAAAAGAGCUCAGGGAAGAACUCGGAUUGGAAAAAAGAAUUUCAAGAAACGGUGGUUCUGCUUAACAAGCAGAGAGCUCACCUACCACAAACAGCCAGGUAGCAAAGAUGCAAUUUACACAAUUCCAGUAAAAAACAUUCUGGCUGUGGAAAAACUGGAAGAGAGCUCUUUCAACAAGAAAAAUAUGUUCCAAGUAAUACAUACGGAGAAACCCCUCUAUGUCCAGGCAAAUAAUUGUGUAGAAGCUAAUGAGUGGAUAGAUGUGCUGUGCAGGGUGAGCCGGUGCAACCAGAACAGGCUCAGCUUUUAUCAUCCCUCCGCGUACCUGAAUGGAAACUGGCUCUGCUGUCAGGAGACCAGCGAGAACACUCUCGGCUGCAAGCCAUGUACUGCAGGAGUCCCCGCAGACAUCCAAAUAGAUAUUGAUGAAGACAGAGAAACAGAAAGAAUUUACUCCCUUUUUACCCUCAACAUGCUUAAGCUGCAGAAAAUGGAAGAGGCUUGUGGAACUAUAGCAGUCUAUCAAGGACCACAGAAAGAGCCUGACGAUUACUCUAACUUUGUCAUCGAGGAUUCUGUAACAACCUUUAAGACAAUUCAGCAAAUAAAAAGCGUCACAGAGAAGCUGAGUGAACCUCAUGAAAAGUAUAGGAAGAAAAGAUCAAGUAGCGCAAAAUAUGGGAGCAAGGAAAAUCCAAUUGUUGGGAAAGCAUCAUAGAGUAUCACCAAUUGAUUUAGAAGAACUGGAAAAUACUGUUUUUGUUGGAAUUUUUUAAUUCAUCAUAUGUUUUGUCCAUAGUAUUUAAGAACAAACAUCAGCUCUAGUGUCACCUGUGUUCACACCGUAUUUAAUAUUUAAUAAUUACAGUUAACUGGGAAUCCUGAUAUUAAUGUUUUACUAGAGAAUUUGAAACUCAAGAUUCCCUUCAUAUCUUAAGUGUCCAAAGCCAUGUUUCUGCAGCUUCUUUUUAGUAGAAAGAAUCUUCCUAAAGAAGGUCUUGAAGAAGCUUUGUAACAAAGGGAGAACUCCUCCAUCGCGAGAAACCAUCUCUUGUUGUAACACUCCGUGUUCUGUGAACUUGUUUUCACUACCGUUAGUGCCUGCUCUGUACUGCCAACAUUGUGUUUAUUAGAAAACCCCAAUCCGGGAUCAUUCAGAGCUUCCCCUUUAGUUCAUCUAGACCCUCCCCUUCCUUGAGAAAGAAUAUCAGAUAUAUAUAUAUGUAUCCCCUCCCCUUUGGUCCAGUAAUCAUUACAGGUUACAUUAGGGACAGUGACAGAAACUUCAGAAAACUGCCUGAGCGCCCCUGAAAAUCAGUAGAUCCUUUUGCCCAUUUACAGAUGUAAACAGGACUCAGAUAGGAGGAAUCAGGGGUCUGUGCUGUCGCGUGCAUCUUGUUUACAUUUGGGAUGCACGAUGGCAGAUGAAAUAAAAUGGGAUCACUAAAUUUUUUUUCAUUGUUUUGAAGAUCAGGUACUCAUUUUCUUGAUUUGAGGGUUCAGGUUAACAUAACUUCCAAGGACAUCUCUUCUGAAAAAGAAGCAGUGAACAGUGAAAGCCGGUGGUGGGAGCAUUGCCUGACUCCAGCUGUCGUUUCCCGUCCUCGUCCUCAUCAGGGCCAUCAUCACCACGCCCUCCUCGUCGUGUUAGGUUGUGCUCUAUCUCGAGAACAGUCACUCAGCGCACUUUAAUAAUCUGGACUGCCCAGGUUGUACUUUAGAUACACCGUGGUAUCUAACCUUUGUGAUCAGUUGAAUGAUCAGUGUUUAAGUAUAAAAAUAAUGCUUUCCUGAAAAUGUUUAUACUUCAUUGCUGUUUCCUUGUUGCCUGCUAGCCAAGUGGAAUUUGGCUUAGCAACUAUUUGAAUCCUGUUUUUCCCUAAUAAUUUACUUUUGUCCUAAAAACCAUAACUGUAAAUAAGCAGCCGAAGCAAGGUGCCACCUUGAAGUUAAAGAGGGAUACACUUUGUUUCAUCAGUAUUAAAAACCAUGGUACUUCCCUUUUGUCUUUUUUAAUUCAAAACAACGUUUUCUAAAUGUGGUACUUUGAUUCUGGAGUAUUUACACGUUUCUGUUUAAAACUGUGACUUAUUAAUGCAAGUCUAGCCAGUAGUGCUUUUUUUGUUUCCCUGAUCAUAAGCUAUAUUUCAAAUAUACUUUGGCAAUUAUGUUAUUGGUGGAUAAUUAUUUUUAAAUUAUAUUGUUAUUAGGUAAUUCUUUUUAAAGACCCAUUUGACAUAGAAUCAAAAUUGUUCCAUAAACGAUUGUAACUGAGCAAUGGAGUUCUCUAAAUGAUUUGUAAAAACCAAUUGGUUAUAUUUAAGAAUCAGUACUAGUCUGCAUUAUGGUUGGUUAUUACUCUUGGCCCAUUUUAAAGACAAGUUUGAAGCGUCCUUUAAAUUUUAUGAGCUUGUAGAUUCAUGAACUGCGUUGAUUUACAAAUUAAGUAGUAUAAGAACUUAACCAUUUAAUAAAUUUCUCCAUCUUGAAUUUCAUCCAGAUUAAAAUUUCAUUUUAAAAAUCCCUGAAAUGUUCUAUCUCAAAAGGACAUGAUGUGUAUUGCCAGGUACCACUCAUUACUUUUUAGUGGCUUUUAUUCUGCUGUUUUUUUAAAGGCAAAAGAAAUAUUCUUGCAAUAUUUCUAAUAUAUAAUCCCCAAUUAUGAUUGUUUAAGAUGACAACAUUUUCAAAGGGACCAAGGCUGUGUAUAUACAUAACUCUGGAUUUGAAGGGAAGAGUUCAGUCAUCUAGUUAUUUUCUUAACGUGACACUUUUAGCUAGUUUGACUGGAAUUAACCAGCUUAGCACAGCCAAAGAGGGAGUAAUGUGAAAUUAAAUUAUUUUUCUUUUUAAAAGUUUUCCAAAAUGAGAGACUGUGUCAGUAGGACCCAAAGAUACUCAAGGUACUUGUUUCCAGGGUCCUCAGUCCUCUGCCAUUCUUCAUGAGUACUUUUUUAUUACCUGAUCCUCUUUUCUCCGCGUUUUUCUCUCUUGAAAAAAUACAUGGCAGCUCACUUCACCCUAAAAACCUGGAACCCCAGGAAGGGGGAAAAAAAGAUAAUAUGAGGAAACUCUUGCCAUAAAUGCUAGUCCUGGUUCUUAGUUAGUGAUUUCCAUCCGUUGAAAAUGGUUUUGUUAUUGUUUUGUUUUUUGUUUAGCUUUGUUUUGUUUUUUAAAAUCAUGAUGGGCAAUAGCAAAGAUUUAUAAUCCUGGGAAUAUAAUUUAUCAAAUUGAAUUAUUUCAUUUGCCAAAGAAAUUUGUUUUUAAUAUCAUGGAUUAUGGUUAAGUGUCAGAACUAGGCUUUCUUUUUCCACACAAAAGAAGGCGACAAAUGAUGUGGCUUUGUUUCUGUUUCUGAAGCCUAAUCUCAUUUAUCAGAAAGGCUCAUUCAUGCCGGAUUUUGAAAAACAGAUUUUUUUUUUUUUAGAUGAAAGCACCUUUAAUUUGCUCUAACGGUACAUCCUGUAAAGACAAAAUGCUACAGAGCCUUUUAGGCGUCCUUACAGUAUGUGAAAAAUACAGGACUCAUUCUAGAGUUAAAUUACCAGACUAGAUUGAUAUUAUCUGCUUCCAUUUUGAUUAACUUAGAAAUGAAUAUGUUGCUAGUAAAUAUUGGUUUUUACAGUGUCUAGUUUGAACAUGUAAGUUAUCAAAACUUAAUGUAGUGAAUUUGUGUAACCAUGUUGUAUUGUUGAGAAUGUAUUUUUAUUUAAAUUUUAUUUUCUUAUCAAGAGUAUUAUAAAAAUUAAAAAUUUUUGUAACUGCCGCUUGGAAAUAACUCAAAUAAAUUACCAGAAGCCUGUCUAUUUUUUGUGAGAACCUCUUCCUUAACUGAUUUAAGAAUUUCUUCAAAAAGCUGUUUAAAAUUAUCAUACCUUGGCUGUCAGUAAGGGUAUACUGGUAGUGAGAAGUCGCCGGUAACAAAGAAGAGUGAAGCAAUAUGGAGAAGUCUCAGUAUACUUCUCUUGCGCUUAACUGUGCCACUUUUUGAUGGACUACGGCCCUUCUAUGUUCAGUCAUUCAUUCAGCACUUUGUAUUAAGGACCUGUGGUAUAUAUAGCACAGUGCAGACUGCCUUGUCAUUCCCUGGAGCCAUACAUGUCCCGUGUGCUCCUAUCUGGGUACACAGUUUAGAGCUGAGGGUUUCAGCCUGUGUUUGGCUUUGUGAAUAAUCGCACUUUCUACUGUUCUCAAAAAAAAAAAAAAAAAACAA